AAUAGAGAGCAGGAGCAGCAUUUUGUUUAGAUGUCUGUCAGUGACUGGUGAUUUACGGUCAGAAUACAGGAGAGUGGGCAGAACUAAAAGUAGCUCACAAAUUCCCCAUAGGGUGGAGUCUGAGCGGAAGUGCUUUGACUUUCUUACUCAGAAGUCUAGCCUAUAUUUGUAAGCUAUUCUUGAGAGGUUUCGUUUUGCUGGAGAGACACACUGGGAGCUGUGGACCCCACUGGAAUCCUAACUGAGGAGAACUUGUAAUGGAGCCUUCACCUCUUGAGUUACCAACUGAUACAUUGAGACGCAUCGCAUCUGAACUUAGAUGUCACCCAACAGAUGAGAGAGUUGCUCUCCGCCUCGAUGAGGAAGACAAGCUGAGGCACUUCAGGGAGUGUUUUUAUAUUCCCAAAAUGCAGGAUCUGCCUCCAAUUGAUUUAUCUUUAGUGAAUAAGGAUGAAGAAGCUAUCUAUUUCUUGGGAAAUUCUCUUGGCCUUCAACCAAAAAUGGUUAAAACAUACCUGGAAGAGGAACUAGAUAAAUGGGCCAAAAUGGGAGCCUAUGGUCACGAGGUAGGGAAACGUCCUUGGAUUACAGGAGAUGAGACUAUUUCAGGACUUAUGACUGACAUUGUGGGAGCCAAUGAGAAAGAAAUAGCCCUAAUGAAUGGUUUGACUGUUAAUUUACAUCUUCUACUGUUAGCAUUUUUCAAGCCUACACCCAAACGGUAUAAAAUUCUCCUAGAAGCCAAAGCCUUCCCUUCAGAUCAUUAUGCUAUUGAGUCACAGCUUCAACUUCAUGGACUUAACAUUGAGAAAAGUAUGCGGAUUAUAAAGCCAAGAGAGGGGGAAGACACAUUGAGAUUAGAGGAUAUCCUUGAAGUAAUUGAGAAUGAAGGUGACUCUAUUGCAGUGAUCCUUUUCAGUGGUCUGCAUUUUUAUACUGGACAGCUCUUCAAUAUACCUGCCAUCACAAAAGCAGGACAAGCAAAGGGUUGUUUUGUUGGCUUUGAUCUAGCACAUGCAGUUGGAAAUGUUGAACUUCACUUACAUGACUGGGGAGUUGAUUUUGCCUGCUGGUGCUCCUACAAGUAUUUAAAUACAGGAGCAGGAGGUCUUGCUGGUGCCUUUGUCCAUGAAAAACAUGCCUAUACAAUUAAACCUGCGUUAGUGGGAUGGUUCGGCCAUGAACUAAGCACCAGAUUUAAUAUGGAUAACAAACUGCAGUUAAUCCCUGGAGUCAAUGGAUUCCGAAUCUCGAAUCCUCCCAUUCUGCUGGUCUGUUCCUUACAUGCUAGUUUGGAGAUCUUUAAACAAGCAACUAUGAAAGCACUGAGGAGAAAAUCUAUUUUGCUAACUGGUUAUCUGGAAUACAUGAUCAAGCAUUACUUCAACCAGGACAAAGCAGAAAGCAAGAAAACAGUGGUGAACAUAAUUACUCCAUCCUGUAUAGAGGAACGUGGCUGCCAGCUAACCCUCACAUUUUCUAUUCCAAUAAAACACAUUUUCCAAGAACUAGAAAAACGAGGAGUGGUUUGUGACAAACGGGAGCCAGAUGGCAUUCGAGUGGCUCCAGUUCCUCUCUACAAUUCUUUCCAUGAUGUUUAUAAAUUUAUCAAUCUGCUCACUUCGGCACUUGGCUCUGUAGAAACAUAAAAUAGCAGUAUUUUCCACAGCAACUAAAGCAAAUAAAAUGGAAAGCCUGCAGUUACUUUAUUACUAUUAUUCAAUUCUUAAUUAACAGAAGUAUUUAAAAAAUGAUUGCAAUUAACUGGAAAUGGAUUGCAUACUUUAUAGAAAAACAUGACAAUUUUGCUAAGGGUCUGUGGUCUUGAGAUCUCCAUGCUGUCCAACUUCUUGGUGUUUGGUGAAUCAAAGUAUUUAUUGGUACAAGUAUUAUGUACACAGUCUUGAUUAUCCGUCACAUUUCAUAGUUAAUGAAAUGUUUUCUGUUGGUUUAAUGAUAAUUUGAAUGACAACUUCAUAUGUAUGUAGAAAUUUUUGUAUCAAUUUUAGAAAUAUUACUUUAAUUUUAAUUUACCAAGCAAUUUCUUAUAGGUACUGCCAUUGAACAGUCUGAAGUAUAUAUGCUUUUUACAAUGUUCCACCUAACUCCAACCUAAGGAACACAAAAUACAUUUUCUAGGGCAGUGGCUUUCAAAUACUUUGGUCAUAAUCUAUACUAAGAAAUGCAUUUAAUAUCAGGGUGUAAUUUGUGUACAUGCCUUAUUUCAUUGAUUCUAAUACACAACUUUUAAUCACAUUUUAACAUCUGGUAAAGAAGAAAUAUCUUUCAACUUUCAUUCAACAGCUUCUUAAAAUUGCCACUGGCCAUUCUUUCAUGUUACCAUCCCUGAUGGUGCCAUGAUUCUCAUACUGAGUAUAUAUCAUCCUAGAUCUGGUUUUAAAGUUGUAUACAUAGUAGAAGCAAAAGUUGCAUAAAUUAUUCACCUAUGCUUUAAUAUUCAUUUACUUUAUGUCAUCACAACAAAUGUUGGUUGAAGUUCAUUAAAUUGAUUUCUUUACUCACUCUUGGGUCCUAAUCCAUUUUUCAUGGAUGUCCUUUUAUUUAAUGUUAUCAUAAUCUCUUGCUUUUGUUUAAUGGGAAUCACUCUGGAUAAAAGACUUUAGAUGCUUCUCUUCUGUAAAAGAGUGAAAUAAAUCACUCGAAGAUUCUUGCAGUUGAGGAUCAGAGUUAGGAAAUAAGUGCCCAUCUCUCAAGCCCUGUCCCACAUCUAUGGACUUUUCUUUCCCACUGUGAAAAAAAAAAAACUGCAGUUACUUUACAUUCAGCCCUGUAAGAUUCCCCUAGUUUUUAGCUGUUGAUGCCAUAAACACUAUUCAUGAAUUGGCAAAAUAUUCCACACUUCUGUACAUAAGCAGCAAGAAAAAGUAAGUACGAUGUAAUUAUUGCCCAUGAUGAAACAAAUUAACUUAGCCAACCACUUUGAAUGGCAGAGUUAAAUAAAAAGUUGCAGAGCUCCGACACCAACACCAGCAACUACUGAUAUUUAUGGAGUACUUCCUACAUACCAUGUAUUCUGCUAUUCUAUUUAUAUGUUAUCUCAUUUAGCUGAGUAGUUGCAUAAUUACUUUAGAAGUGCUUUCCACCUCCACUUUUGGCAAAACUCAUCCUCAUAGAUGGAAAAAUUCUCAAGACCUUAAAAUCUGACCAUAAAUGACUUCAUCUAGAAGAAACAGUUUUUGAACCUCAUAGUGGUACACAAGAAAAGACACAGCUUCAGCUCACAGAGGACAGGUAGCUUAGUGGGGAAAUAGACUGUAAACCUAUAAACAUCCAAGUAAAUAUAUACUCACAAACUAUAACUUCUUCUACGAAGAUAAAUGGUGAUAUUAUGACAGAAAAAUCUUAGGGGUAUUCACUAAAUGGUUGAGUAACAGAAGGUGUAUGAACGCACUUAUCGGUUUAAGUUCCAAAGUAUUUCAUGUUAAUUACAUCAGAAUUACAUCAAAUUGUGUUUAAAAAUCAUUCAAAGCAUAAUCAGCACUCUGUCCUCAUCGGGUAGGUGAGAAACAGUAUUAGAAACUAACUUUCUCCCACUUGCAUCCCCCUCUCUCCCUAAAGAGACAAUCAUUGAAGUAAAUGCUGUGUUAAUCAUUUCCUUUCUCUAAAAUUUUAUAACUACAUAUUGACCCAUAAAAAUAUAUUAGCCAAACUUGCCUGUGUGAACUUUAUACAAAUUUAAUCAUACUAUAUAUAUUCUUCUGCUUCUUUUGUUCAGCUUCUUAUUUUUGGAGAUUCAUUCGUUAUACAUAAUUUUUCAUUCAUUCUCAUUGCUGCUCAGUAAUUUAUUAUAUAAUUGAAGUUGUUAAUUCAUUGUACUACUGAUGAAGAUGUGAGUUGUUCCAGACAGCUGUAAUAUUGCAACAAUGCUGCUAUGAACAUUCUUAGCGUACACAUUCAAAAGUGCAACCAGGACACACAACUGUGAAAGCGCUGAGUCACAGGCCAAACACACGUUCAACUUCGCUGUGUCCUGGCGAACUUUUCCAAAGUGACUGUACCAGCUUCCACGCCAACCAGUAGGACAUGAAGAUCUCCAAGCUCCUCACCCUUCCAGUGGUAGCUGUUGACUGCCAGUGUCCUGUGUACCUGUUAAAACAGCCAAGGUGAUUAUUAAAAUAACAGAGAAUAAAUUCUUUAGCUUCCACACAAGAAGAAAAGGAAAAAAAAAAAAAAAAUGAACACACAUACACCACACCUGUUAAUGCUUCAGACAACAUUCUUAACUUGUGGAUUAAACCAAAACCAGAUGUUUUUCCUGGAUUUUACACUUAUCCAGCCUCUUUGGCUUUCUGUUUUCUCCUUCCCAGGUUUUUUCUGUGAUAAGUGAAAAUUGUUUCAGUAAAACAUAUUUAUCCAAA